CUCUUAGAGAGGAAGCGACCAGCUUCGCGCAGUCACUCGCACACGCAGCCCACUGCUAAAAUGACAUGGUCAAGUACUCUGCUGCCACCACCUCACAGACUUUCUCACUGCAUUGUGAGAAUGCUUCGCGGAGCCACUAGUGGGAUAAGGGCGUCAGACAAACUCCCGACAAUCGAUAUGUGGCAAUGGCGGAGUGUACACGUCCUAAAGGCCGCUAUGGACGAGCUUAUCGUUGUGCCCGGGCAUGGGGUGAUCGAGGCACAGCUUAUCCAACUCUUUUACUGUGUGCUGCCCGAGCAAGUGCAAGGGCAUUUCUUUUCUAAAAAGCAACAACCAAGAAUGGCGUACGACCUCCUUAGUAGAGAGGCCGUUGCUUUUGCCGCCCAAGCUAUGGCAGUGACCACUUUCUGGCAUAAGGAUCUAACAAAGGGCAGGAAGUGGAAGGGCCGCACCAUCUCUGGCCAAAUGAAGGCCAAUGACAGUAUUAUUUUAACAAUGGAAGAUGUGGAAGAGAUCCCCUACACUCGCAUAGAGUGGGGGUUGGAAGAGGACAUCAGUGCAGGAAAGGGGAGUACUUAUGAUGUGUCGCGGCCAGAGGGAGGCUGCAAGGAGGAGGAGGAGGCCGAGGCAGGAAUGGCCAGCCCUCAGGUGGCCGAGGACAGGGCGGCCAGGAGGUUGGCGGCAACAAGGACUGCCAAGCGGGAGAAAGGGGUCAAGGUCCUCCAUCUAACCGCCUGCGUUCCAGUAAAGGAAAAAGGUGCGAGGUAUUUGGCUAUAUGGUGGGUGGGUAGAGGUGGAAGAAGAAGAUGGUGCAAGGUGCUUGGCUAUGGUGGAGGCGGACAGUACAAGGUGCUUGGCUACGGUGGACGGUUGAUGGAGGUGGUAGAAGAAGAAGGUGCAGGUGCUUGGCUAUGGUGGACAGGUGAUGGAGGUGGAAGAAGAAUGUGCAAGGUGCUUGGCGAUGGUGGAGGGGUGAUGGAGAUGGAGGAAGAAGAUUGUGUGAGGUUGGGAUGCGGCCCAGGCGUGGGUUUUGAGGCUGGCAAAGUUCGCUCCCCCAUCACCGCCGUGACCUUCGACGCCGCCGCGAUCUUCGUCAUUGCCGACACCUUCGUCGCCGCCUUAACUACCGCCGCCACCGUGACCUUGCCGCUGCCGUGACCUUCGCCGUUGCCACGAUCUUCACCGAACUAUCCCAAAAUGAAUCACAACUUACCCA